UUCUUGCUGCCGCAGUCGUCUUUCUGAAGACGGGUCCCCCCCUGCAAACAUGAAUCUCAUCCUCUCCAGGGACGGCCAGGUGAAGAUGAUGGAGAACGUGGUCACCAACGCCGAGGCGUACUUCGGCAAGUUCUGCACGCUGAUGGCCUCUUACACCCGCAAGUCGGCCAAGUUGCGGGACAAGUCCGACCAGCUGGUCAAGCAGCUGAUCGACUACAGCAACACGGAGAACCCCGAGCUGCGGACGGCGGUGAGGAACUUUGCCGAAGAGCUGGCCAAAGUCCAGGACUACAGGCAAGCGGAGGUGGAGAGGCUGGAAAUGAAAGUCGUUCAACCCCUGAAGGUGUACGGCCCUCUCAUCAAACAAACCCGGGCGGAGAUCAAGAAGUUCAACAGCGCCCAAAACAAUGAGAUAAAACAACUGGAGAAGCUCGAAAAACUCCGGCAGAAGUCACCGUCCGACCGACACAUGAUUUCACAGGCAGAGUCCAAUGUGCACAAGGCCUCCGUCGAUGCCAGCAGAACCACCCACCAGCUGGAAGAGACCAUCGACGAGUUUCAGAAGCAGAAACUGAAAGAUAUCCAGAAGAUCUUCUCGGAUUUUGUCACCAUCGAGAUGGUUUUUCACGCGAAAGCUCUCGAGGUUUAUUCCAACGCAUUCCAAAAUCUUGAAAGCUACGAUCUUGAGAAAGAUCUGGAGGAUUUCAGAAGUAAAAUCCAUAUUGGUUCUGGAACCAUCAAUGAGGCCCGGCCAGUCCCUGCCACCAACCUGUCCUCCAGCCUCCCAUGGUCCACAAGCAUCCAGAGCGUUCAAAGCACGCUUCAGAAGCUGACGCUGGUGGAGAGCGAUGAAGAAUCUGAAGAGAACCAGUUGGAAGAUGUCAGAAGCCGCAGAUACACUCACACCCAGCAGGGAACCAGAAGAACCCGAUGAAAGCCAGCCCAAGAAACGUGAGACUGGGUUGUAUUUAGUAGAAAAAAGUCCAGCAGCACCGUAAAAACUAACAAAAUGUGCGGCCGGGGAGGAUCUUUCAUGAGCUUACUUCUUCAGAUAUUUAUUUAUGUCUCUCUUUCCCCCCUCGAGCUGUUCAUUUCAUUUCAUUUCAUUUCCAUUUUAUCAAGCUUUUCAUUUCCUGUGCAGGGCUUCCGCUGGGUUAUCACAGUCUCUGUUUACAUUAGAUUUUUUUUUUAAACCCCAAAAAAUAAAAUG